UCCAGGAAGUUGCGCCCCGCGCUCCAGUUAAAACAGUGACUUGCGGUGGGGCGGACGUGCAGUUCGCUUUCGUACCGGUGGCUCUUCUUUCUCUCAACAGGAAGCCGAUACUGACCGAGUGGCGGGGGCAGAGCCGGGCAGGUGUGAAAUGGGGUCCAUUUUCCGCAGUGAGGAGGUCUGCCUCACCCAACUCUUCUUACAGUCUGCAUCAGCCUAUGGUUGUGUCAGCGAACUCGGAGAGAUCGGAUUAGUGGAAUUCAGAGAUCUCAACCCCAAUGUAAAUGCCUUCCAGAGGAGAUUUGUGGCUGACGUGCGCCGAUGUGAGGAGUUGGAGAAGACCUUUGUGUUUUUAGAGAACGAGGUGAAAAGGGCAGGUUUGGAACUUCCACUACUACUCCUGGACAGGCCAACUGAAGUUUCUGCACCAGCCCCUUCUAUCCGUGAGGCCAACCGUAUACAGGAAGAUUCAGAAAAGCUGGCUCAGGAGAUCCGAGAAGUUACCAAAAAUAGAGACUCCUUACGAAGUCAGCUGCGGGAAAUGAAUGAGUACCGAAGUAUGCUGAUCGAGACCGAGAGGUUCACCAGCCUUGGGGUUCCCAGCUCUCCACAUUUAGCCUCACGGUCAAGCCAAGUUCUAGAUUUGUCCCAGUCCUUGCCCCCUACUCUGGAUGCAAGGCUCAGCUUUACUGCUGGUGUGAUCCAUCCUUGGAAAGCCAACGCUUUUGAGCGGCUCCUCUGGAGAGCCUGCCGUGGCUACAUGAUUGUCAACUUUGUGGAGAUGCCUGAACCAAUGGAGGAUCCAGCCACGGGAGAGCUGGUGAAUUGGGUUGCAUUUCUUAUAUCUUAUUGGGGUGACCAGAUUGGUCAGAAAGUGAAGAAGAUCUGUGAUUGUUAUCACACCCAUAUCUACGUCUAUCCAGAUAGCCAAAGCGAGAGAAGGGAGAUUAUCCAAGGACUAGAGACACGGAUUCAAGAAAUCCAGUUGAUUUUGACACAAACCGAAACAUUUCUUCACCAAGUUUUGCUGAAAGCUAUAGAGAAUCUGCCUACUUGGAUUGUUCAGAUCAAGAAGAGCAAAGCCAUCUAUCUGGUGCUCAACAUGUGCAGCUUCGAUGUGACAGAGAAAUGUUUGAUUGCUGAGGUUUGGUGUCCGGUCCAGGACUUGCCUCUGCUUAGACAGGCCCUGAGUGACGGAUCAAGGAAAAGUGGCACCGAUGUGGAGUCCUUCUUCAACCGCAUUCCAGCCAAUGACACCCCUCCAACGCUCUUCCGGACUAACAAGUUUACAUCUGGCUUUCAGAGCAUUGUUGAUGCCUAUGGUGUGGCCAGCUAUCAAGAAGUUAAUCCAGCUCCCUAUACUAUAAUCACCUUCCCAUUCCUGUUUGCGGUUAUGUUUGGAGAUGUUGGACACGGGAUAAUUAUGUUCCUAUUUGGACUGUGGAUGGUUAUCAAUGAGAAAGACCCAAAGAUGAAAAAUAGUAACAAUGAGAUCUGGCAGACCUUCUUUGGGGGACGCUAUCUCAUCCUGCUCAUGGGUGCUUUUUCCGUAUACACUGGUGCCAUCUAUAAUGAAUGCUUCAGUGUGGCCAUGACCACGUUUCCAUCAGGGUGGAGUGUUAAAGCCAUGUUUGACAAUGGUAUCUGGAGAAUGGAGGAUUUGGCCAGUAAUACAUUUCUAAGCUUAGAUCCUAAUAAGACUGGUGUCUUCCAAAAUGUUUAUCCUUUUGGAAUUGAUCCCGUAUGGAGUAUGUCCAACAACCAUUUAAACUUCCUUAACUCCUAUAAGAUGAAGAUGUCUGUCAUAAUUGGCAUCAUUCACAUGACCUUUGGAGUGUGCCUGAGUGUCUUUAAUUACAGACAUUUUAAGAAGCUCUACAGCAUCAUCCUGGUCUUCAUUCCUGAGGUUAUCUUCAUGCUGGGUCUCUUUGGCUACCUGGUCUUCUUGAUCAUCUUUAAGUGGAUUGUUUAUGGUCCACUCACCUCAAAUGUGGCUCCCAGCAUCCUGCUACAUUUUAUUGACAUGUUCAUGUUCACAGAAAACCAAAGCAACGAGGAUUUGUAUGAAGGGCAGCAAAUUGUCCAGAUGGUGGUGUUAAUUGUUGCAGUAUGCGGCGUGCCAGUCCUGCUGUUCGGCAAGCCUUUCUACCUGCUCUAUCAGCACUACUGUAGACCUUCAAGACAGAGUGCAAAGAGAGAAGAUCUGCAAAGGCUGUUGACAGAGGAACCCGAGGGCUCGGUUAACACAGCAGAAGGUGACGUGGAAAAGGGAGAGUCCCACAAGGACAGCGAGUUCGAUUUCACAGACAUCUUCAUGCAUCAGGCGAUCCACACCAUUGAGUACUGCUUGGGCUGUAUUUCCAACACUGCCUCCUACUUGCGAUUGUGGGCACUGAGCCUGGCACACGCCCAGCUUUCGGAGGUGCUAUGGGCCAUGGUCAUGAGCAAAGGACUAAGGUGGGCGGACUACUAUGGCAGUGCCUUCCUUUUCUUGUCCUUUGCUGCCUUUGCUGUGCUUACCAUCGGGAUCCUGCUGGUAAUGGAAGGGCUCUCCGCGUUCCUGCACGCACUCCGAUUGCACUGGGUUGAGUUUCAGAACAAGUUCUACACGGGCGCCGGCUACAAGCUCAACCCCUUCUCCUUCAAGGCAGUCCUGGAGAGCUUGGUGAGCCCUGCUUGAUGAGAGAACAUGCAUCUCAGGAGGACUCGCAAUGCAAGUGAUGCCAAAUUCUUUUGUUUUUUUUUUCUUUUUCUUUAAUUGAUACACCGGCUUGAAAGAUCAUAUUUAAUAUUUUAUCAUGGACUAAUUCUUCUAAACCAUUUUGUAAUAAUAAAGUAUUUGCUUACAGCAGCUUUUUAAA